GGGCCCGGGAAGUUGUAAUUCCACGGUUUGGCCACUAUGUCGGAUUAGCUUUAAAGCCCUGCGCACUUCCUGGGGGUUUGAAUGAGCUGGCUCGGCGGUGGAGACUAUAGUUUUUUUUUUGUUUUGUUUUUUAAAUAUUUAUUUCAAAAACCAUACAGGCUUAUUAAACAUUCAAUAUUUCAUGCAGAGCAGGUCAAACAAUUGAACAAAAAUGAAACCAAGAACAAAGAAAGCCAUAAUUACAGAGUUACAGGGUUCAAAGAAAGAGCAUCCAGAUUAUUACAUAGCCAAAGUGCAUUCUUAGAUUUACAGACAUUCAAAGACUCUUUUAAAGAUGACAUAUCAUGAAUAAAAACAUUAAAUAAAGGUUUAAUAUUGCCAAAUUUACAUUUGUGAAUGAAAAAAUUGCCAUAACAAUCAUACUAUUAAUUGUUAAGUCUUUUGAUUUGUCCUCCAGUACAACGCCAAAUUUAACAUCAUUCGGUGGAGACUAUAGUGCGCUUGCUCUAUGGGACGCAAAAGAUGCGUAAAAUCCGGGUAAUUUUUAUUCCGGGAAGUCGAACUUUUUUUGGCUUCAAGUGCCACUGAGCAGCUUUUAAAGGAAUGAACGGGGCCCCGCCUCCUAGGCCGUGUCCAGUUCUCUUUUUAAAUGUUUUUUUGUAUCCAGUUCUCUUUAUACAUCCAUGGUUUGGCCACUAUGUCAAAUUGGCUUCAAAGCACGGCGCACGUCCUGGGGGCUUGGGUACAACAGUUAAUAAUGCACACUGAUUUUAGCAACACAGACAGGCGGGUGUAUGUUCCGUGUGUGACAUGUGAGUGGACCGAUAUGGAGUAAACAAGCGCCGGGCAUGGAAACACGGUGAGGACAGGAGAUUAUCAUGGCAGACUCAGAGGUGUCAACACAGAGUGGGGGCUAUGAUGUGGAGCUGUUUGUGGACACUCCAGACUACGAUCUGAUCUGCACCAUAUGCCAGGGGGUCCUCAGGUGUCCAGUAAGAGCUGCAUGCCACCACAUCUUCUGCAAGAAAUGCAUCUUACAGUGGCUAAAGCGGCAGGAGACCUGCCCCUGCUGCAGGAAGGCUGUUAACCCGAGCUUGAUCUUUGUCAUGUUCAAGCUGAGCAAAUCAAUUGGACGCAUGAAGAUCAAGUGUAAGAAUGAGAUCCGUGGUUGUGCAGAGACCUUCCCCCUCUCGGAGCAGUACUGCCACAGCAUGAGCUGUCUGUACGAGCUCAUCCCCUGUCCGUACCAGGGCUGCCGGGCGCAGCUCCUCCGCAGAGACCUGGACACCCACGCACGCCACUGCGAACACUGGCGUCAGCCCUGCCACAUGGGCUGUGGGACGAUACUCUCCCACCACACCCAGGCUCAACACAACUGCUACAAGCAACUGAGGCAGGAGUAUGAAGCCAGACAGAGGAACCACAGGGCCAUCGCCACCGCCCUGCAGAGAAAGAUGAGGAGGAUGCAGAGCACCAUGGCCCACAUGAAGAGGCAGAUAGGGCUGAUCUGCGAGAGCCUGGAGGUGAUGGACGACCUGCACGAGGUAGAAGAGGAGGACCUAGGAGAGAGCAGUGGCAGCUCCAGUGGGACUCCAAGUAGCAACAACAGCAACUGCUGAGGGACGAGCCAGUUACUGCUGCUGGUUGGCUAAUGCUGUGUAUAAUUUCUGCAUGUGUUCAUCUGCAUGUGUUAAUUUCUUUUUAAGGUGUGUGUUUUUGAAUAUGUAGGUAUAGAAACAUGAUAAAAAAUGAGUGCACUUGUAAAAAAUUUGUGCUGUAGUUUAAUCUGUUUUGUAAAUAAAGCAUUGAACAUUA